CGACAUGAGAUUUCGUCGUCAAAGAAACGUUUUAACGAUAAUUUAUAGUACACAUGUAUAGUUGAUUUGUCUUUGUAUUUUAAGAUGCACCUAUUUUACUGUAUUUUCAUUUCAGUACUGCUGAGGAUCGCUGAUGGGUUUACGGUAAAAGGUUCCUCAGAUCCUCUGGUUGUUCCUCUGGGAGGUUCAGUGGUUCUGCCCUGUUCUGUUGAUUCACUCUUACCACUGAAAGAUCUGGAGGUGGAAUGGAGAAGAUCAGACUCACAGACUAUCAUUCAUCUGUAUCAAGAUGAAGAUGUCAGACCAGAUGCUCAACAUCAGGAUUAUUAUGAUAGAGCUCAUUUCUUCACUGAAGACAUUAAACAUGGAAACUUCUCACUCCUGUUGAACAAUCUGACAGCUGAAGAUGAGGGACAAUACACAUGUAAAGUUUACUCUGGACAAGACUCUGAGGAAACUGUGGUUGAAGUCCAAUGUGGUGAGCGUUUGAUAGUGUCAGGAUCAAAAAAGUCAAUAUCUGCAUCUGUGGGUGAUGACGUCACUCUGAGCUGCUCUGUGAACUCUCACAUCAAACCUGAAGAGAUUGAAGAGGUUUCAUGGAAGAAAACAGAUAAAGAAAGAGACAUCCCAGUUCUUCUGUACCAAGACAACAUGGCUUUACCAGAGGCAUCAGAUGAUCAAUUCAUGGACAGAGUUGAGUUCUUCACUGAUGAAAUCCACAGAGGAAACUUCUCUCUCAGACUGAAGAGAGUCAGAACUGAAGAUAAAGGAGUUUACAUCUGUCAAGUGUUUACUGGAAGACUUUCAGCCAACACAACUGUAAUACUGGAAAAACUUGGUUUCUCUGGUUUACACAUAUUUUUGUUGCUUCUCUGUAUUGCUGCAUGUGGAUCUGCUCUUCUGUUCUGCUGUCUCAUCUGCAGACCAAAUAAAAAAGACGCCAGCAGAUGUGUCCAGGCUCUUAAGAUUUUUCUUGUCAUUUGUUCAAACAUUUGUAUGUUCAUUGCCUUCAUCAUCUGGGGUGUUACUGAGGGAUCUUUAAAAGAGAGUGUCACAUGCUGUGCUCUUUAUAUUCUGAGACCUGUCACAUUGUUUUGGGCUGUGCCCGAUUUAGAUGAUCUUCAAGACAGCACUAAACCAUGGAUUACAUUUUCAACUAUAUCAAGAGAAUUUGCUGCAUUAACAGUCAUAGUUUACUCAGUUCUCUUUACAUAUGCCUGGAAACAGAUUGAAAAUUAUAUAGAAAAGGCUGCUUCAAUUAUACUAGGAAUAUUUUUUGUAUUACUGCUACUGUUGUGUCUGUGCAUUUUCUCUGGAGUUGCAGGUAAUCUACAAACGUCUGAUGCGGUUAACCUCAGCACCACAGACAUCGCAGCUGAAAAUUUGGAGUGUAAAAUCCCAGCUAAUGAAGCUGUAGUACACUGA